UCAAGUCCUGCAGGCAUGUGCAGCAUGCAGCUCGCAUCCUGUGUUGCACUGACACUUGUACUCCUUGUCAAUGGUGCACCCACUUCAAGCUCUACAACAGAAGCACAGCAGCACCUGGAGCAGCUGCUGAUGGACUUACAGGUGCUCCUGAGCAGGAUGAAUAAUUACAAGAAUCUGAAACUCGCCAGGAUGCUCACGUUUAAAUUUUACUUGCCCAAGCAGGCCACAGGAUUGAAAGAUCUUCAGUGCCUGGAAAAGGAACUUGGAGCUCUGCAGCGUGUGCUGAAUUUGACUCAAAGCAAAAGCUUUCAAUUGGAAGAUGCUGGAAAUUUCAUCAGCAAUAUCAGAGUAACUGUUAUAAAACUAAAGGGCUCUGGAACCGAGUGCCAGUUCGACGAUGAGCCUGCAACUGUGGUGGAGUUCCUGCGGCGAUGGAUAGCCUUCUGUCAGAGCCUCAUCUCCUCGGCUCAGUAAUUUUGUGCCUCCUGCUCACAACACACAGGCUUCCUAUUUAUUUACAUAUUUAACUUUA